CCCCCCUUAUGUGUCUGAGCAUCUUACAUUUGAUUCAUUGAGCUGUAUACAGUUGGCUCUUUUUUUCAAGUGUUUGAGAUGGGAUCUGUAGGGGACAAGCUAGACCUUGAAUCUGAUGAGGAGAUCCCCUUUAGUUCAUCUCAUGCUACAAAUAAGACAGAGAGUUUGCAGUUUGAGUCAGCUCAUAUGGCAUCGCCUAGAAGUUUUUACUUGUCGAGAGUCUUGAGGAAGAUGCAUCAGAUCAGCUAUUUUAGGAGUAUAUACAUUGUGAUGCUCAAAGCAAAGAUCAAUGUUUUGCUUCCUUUUGGACCAUUGGCGAUACUGCUACACUAUCUUACGAAAAAACAUGAGUUGGUGUUUUUCUUCAGUUUGGUGGGCAUUACACCCUUAGCUGAGCGUUUGGGCUAUGCGACUGUGCAGCUUGCAUUCUAUACAGGGCCUACAGUUGGGGGCCUUCUAAAUGCUACAUUUAAUGCGACUGAAAUAAUAGUGUCAUUAUAUUCAUUGAAUAAUGGGAUGAUGAGGGUUGUUAAACAAUCCUUGCUGGGUUCCAUUUUAUCAAAUAUGCUUUUGGUGCUUGGAUGUGCCUUCUUCUGUGGUGGGAUAGUUCAUCAGAAAGUCCAGGUUUUCAGUAAGGCAACUGCACUUGUGAACUCAGGAUUGUUAUUGAUGGCAGUCAUGGGCUUAUUAUUUCCUGCUGUACUUCAUUUCACCCACACAGAAGUGCAUUUUGGGAAGUCAGAGCUGGCUCUUUCAAGAUUUAGCAGUUGCAUAAUGCUGGUGGCAUAUGCAAGUUACCUAUUUUUUCAGCUCAAGAGUCAACCAAAUCAAUAUAACUCAAUCGAUGAGGAUAGAGAGAAUAAUGCUGAAAAUUCUGAUGAAGAAGAGGCUCCCGAGAUAACACAAUGGGAAGCUAUAGGGUGGCUUGCUAUUUUGACAGUAUGGAUAUCUGUGCUAUCUGGGUAUCUUGUUGAUGCCAUAGAGGGAGCAUCCGACUCAAUGAACAUGCCUGUGUCCUUUAUUAGUGGCAUCUUGCUUCCAAUUGUAGGAAAUGCUGCAGAACAUGCAAGUGCAAUCACGUUUGCAAUGAAAGAUAAUCUUGACAUUACACUUGGAGUUGCGAUUGGGUCCUCUACUCGGAUAUCAAUGUUUGUGAUUCCAUUUUGUGUUGUUGUUGGUUGGUUCAUGGGAAAACCAAUGGACUUGAACUUCCAAUUGUUUGAGACUGCUACACUCUUUAUCACAGUGCUAGUCGUGGCAUUUAUGCUGCAGGAAGGAACAUCAAACUAUUUUAAGGGGUUGAUGCUUAUCCUAUGCUAUCUCAUUGUUGCAGCAAGUUUCUAUGUACAUGUUGAUCCAUCCAAAGGUUAGUUCCCAAGGUUGUUA